CUUACAUGAUCAAAGUGUGAGUCUUUGAGAAGCCAAAAUAGGGAGCGGAGCGGAGCAGAGCAGAGAGGAGUAGUGAGCGAUGGAGGUGGAGGACUUCAACGCCGAGUGGUCGAGGUGGAGCCUCCGUCAGCGCCUCAAGAAUUUUCCACGUCUGUUGCUGCUCGCCAUUAAGGAUUGUUUGCGAGAGAUGUCCCCCACCUUUAUCUGUUUCUCACUUCUUGUCCUACUUUUUGAAUCUUGUGUGCGCACUUACUGGGAGGGACUGGAUAGCAUCACUUCACAUGUUCUUGUCGAAAUGGGAUCUAAAUUCUCGUUCUACUCCAUUCUUGCCCCACUUGACCAACAAAUUCAGAACAGAGUUACUCUAAAUUUGACCUCUUUUGCCUCUCUGCUCUUUGCUGAUCUUCCUUAUUUUCUUGCUUACGUUGACUUUGAGUGGCGCCCAAGUCUCUUCACUGCUCGCGGGUUGAUAUCUUUCAUCAUUUGUUGUUUGACAGUAGUGGACAUCUAUGUUUUCAAUGGGCAUUCACAGCACUAUUUGCAGAUGCGGUUGUAUACACAGUUGUAUUGGCCAUCGUGUCUUCGCUUUCUGGUUUUCUUUGGCCUCAUUGUAGUUGGAGUUGCUAACAUGAUUGAGAAGGCAUGGCAUGGUGAUCUGGUCUUUCACAAGCAUGUCUUGAUCCCUUUAAGUCUCUGUGUUUUCGCUUUUAUCCGCUUGCACGACAGAUAUCGUAGAUUGAGAAGGAUGUGGAAAAGGGCAAUGAUUGUGAUGCCAGUAGAGGAAAAGGAUGAAUGAGAAGAUGGAAAGAACAACUUUCCUACUGUAGAUCGGGUCUUUCCCCAACGCUGCACAGAUCUAACUACUUUGAAGUGUAAUGUUGUUGAGACUGUUUUGAGUAUGUCUUUAAAACAGUAGCUUUGUGUAUAUACCCUAGUUAACGGGUGGUAGUCUGGUAGAAAAUGAUAUCACUAUGGAAUUAAUAAUGCUGUAGGUUGACUUCAAAAAUUCUUUGAUAACCCUCUGAAUCCUAUGCAGGCAUUGUUCUGUUUUUGGUAAUUGCAAUUCUCUUUUAUGUAAUUGGAGUUGUUUC